UGUGCCAUCUAUGACUGCAUUCGGUUCUGUCAGUAGAGAAAACUCCUUGGCCUUACCACUCUCUUUCAUCUACGCGGCGUUGAGAGUUGUGCCUGCAAAGAUCUUGUGAAGUGUUUCAUUCAAAGGGAGACAGAAAAGAUGUGGUCGUCAUUAUGGGAAACCGCUAAAUUAUCACCAUUUUCCACACCUUUUACCAAUGUUAGGUGUCAGGGUCAAGAUGAGAGUAUGCAAACGCUCGUUAAAAAUCGAACCAUUUCGGCUGCUUCCGCUAACGGCGAUAGUUGCGAAUUUGGUUCUAACAAAUAUUUUGCACUAUGCGGACUUGGAGGCAUUUUGUCUUGUGGUAUAACUCAUACCAUGGUUACUCCAUUGGAUUUAGUUAAAUGUCGUAUUCAAGUAGACCCUGCUAAAUAUAAAUCAGUUUUCAAUGGUUUCCGUGUAACUCUAGCUGAAGAUGGAACUAGAGGUUUAGUUAGAGGAUGGGCACCUACAUUCUUUGGAUAUUCUAUUCAAGGAAUGUUCAAAUUUGGACUUUAUGAAGUUUUUAAAGUUUAUUAUUCUGCUCUUGCUGGAGAAGAAAUGUCUUAUGAAUACAGAACUAGCUUGUACCUUGUUUCUUCCGCAUCUGCAGAAUUCUUUGCUGACAUUGGUUUAGCUCCGCUUGAAGCUGCAAAGGUCAGAAUUCAGACCAUGCCAGGCUUCGCAAAUACCUUACGAGAGGCAUUCCCAAAGAUGUAUGCAGAUGAAGGCCUUGGCGGUUUUUACAAAGGUCUGGUACCUUUAUGGUUACGUCAAAUCCCAUAUACUAUGAUGAAAUUCGCAUGCUUUGAGCGUACGCUUGAAUUAUUGUACAAGUAUGUAGUACCUAAACCAAGGUUAGAAUGUACCAAAGGAGAACAGUUAGUAGUUACCUUCGCUGCUGGUUAUAUUGCUGGUGUAUUCUGUGCUGUUGUUUCUCAUCCUGCUGAUUCUGUUGUAUCCAAACUUAAUCAAGAAAAAGGUGCUACAGCUGGUGACGUAUUGAGAAAACUUGGUUUUGCCGGUGUGUGGAAAGGACUGGGACCUAGGAUCAUUAUGAUUGGUACUUUAACGGCAGCUCAGUGGUUCAUUUACGAUGCAGUUAAAGUUUGGCUUCGCAUGCCACGUCCACCACCACCGGAAAUGCCAGAAUCUCUUAAGAAGAAAUAUGGUGUUGCUUAAAUACCACUAAUGGUCAAAUUUUUUAAUUGGAUCAUCAACAAGAUCGCAGUUAGAGGAUAAAAUUAUAGGAAAAUUCAACUAAUUUCAUACGUAAUAACAUUGUUGAA